AUGCAAGUGCUAUUGGCACACUCUAUGAUUUUCCUUUUUUCGACUCUCAUUUUUCUUGAAUAUGUUAAUCUUAGUAUAAAUCAUUUCUCUGGAAUCAUUCCACUUGAAAUUGGUAAACUCACUAAUCUUGUCCGUCUUGAUUUGUCCAACAAUUAUAUUUCAGGCACAAUCCCACCACAAAUCGACUCACUAACCAAGCUUGGGACCUUCCACAUCUCUAUGAACCAGUUGAAUGGUUCGAUUCCAAAAGAAAUAGGUUACCUAAGGUCUCUUACUCGGCUAGCUUUAAAUACUAACCUUCUUGAAGGUUCUAUCCCUACUUCAUUAGGGAAUUUGAACAACUUGACCUAUUUGUGUCUUUAUGGAAAUCGCCUUUCUGGCUCCAUUCCUGUAGAAAUAGGGAAACUCGUCAAUCUUAUUAAAACUUAUCUUGGUUCAAAUCAGUUAGCAGGUCAUAUUCCUCCAGAAAUAGGUAACUUGAUCAAUGUAAGAGUGUUCUCUGCUUCCUCCAACGAAAUUUAUGGUCCCAUUCCUGUAGAAAAAGCAAAGAUGCAAACACUUGAGGUAUUGGACCUAUCAGACAACUUGCUUGAAGGAGAGAUACCAGAACAACUCGUUUAUCUUUCAAAUCUUGUUUGGUUGGAUCUCUCCUACAAUCGUCUCACAGGAUGCAUACCUGAAGGACGUCAAUUUGUAAACUUUGGGGAAAAUUCAUAUGCAUUCCAAAGUAAUAUUGGAUUACAUGGAUACCCAGUUACGAGACGUUGUCAUAAUAAAGGGGUAGAAGAAGGAAAUGAUACAUCAUCAUUGCUAGAUCAAGAAAUCAAUUCUCAAUUCCUCAUUGAAUGGAAACCGAUUCUUUUGGGCUAUGGAUGUGGACUAUGUAUUGGAUUUUCUAUUGGAUAUUUCACGAUUUCUACUGGAAAUCCAAAAUGGCUUUCAAAAUUCAUUGAAGAAUAUGAACACACAAUUACUACGCAAAGGAGAAAAAAGCAACAAGGUCAAAGGGAUAACAGAAGAGGAAAUAAUCAACAAAGUCAAAGGGACAACAAAAGAAGAAAUAAUCACUUCUACGAAGUACUUAAAAUUAGGUCUUUUAAUUUAAGUUCUAUAUUGAUCUUUAGUUUAUUGUAA